AUGAAGUCAGAAGCGGACGAGGCUGGGGACACUUCGAGUGUUCCCACAGGCGUGCUGGACUUUUCCGAACUCGAUUCAAGUAUUCAGUCCUUCACGCGCCGCUUCGACGACUAUGUCCAGUCGACUAUAGCUGCUUGUGAAGAGCAGCGUAUGACCGCGGAUGGUCAGCGCGUGGAGGAUCAUGCGCGCAUCAGGGAGCUUGAGCGUGAAUGUGAAGCAACCAAGCAUGCACAAAAGGAACUGUGGGAAAGUGUGGCCUCCGAGCGCGAUGCCGACGCCAAGCUGCGUGCCAGCGUACAGGAAUUACAUGCGCAGCGAGCCACCCUUUCACAACGCACAGUGAGCCUUCAGAGUGAAGUAGCAGAAGUACGCGCUCAAAUGGAGGCGCGUUCCCGUCACAAGCAGCAACUGAUGGAGCGUCUGCGUGAGCAAGUUGAGCGGAAUGCGCCGGAAUUGGCGCAACUGCAGCAUCUGACGGGCUGCGUGAUCCAACCUUCCCUCCGAGAGGGGCUAAUUGAUAUCCGCUUUUCCCUUUUAUCAGAGGACGACCCCGACCGUGCGUACACUGUGUCGCUGGACGUGUCCAAGUCCGAGUAUGCCGUGGCGAAAUGUGAUCCGAUCCUGCCUGGAGCAACGAUCCGUACGCUUGUCCGCCAAGUCAACGCCUCAGGCGACGUGUAUGCCUUUAUUAAACAGGUGCGCCGAGCUAUGAUCGAGCGCAUCCGCGCAACCUAG